UUCAGUCACGUAGGCCUGGUGGGGGUCAGUCGUGCAGUGCAGUAAAAGUAAAGUGAAGUGUGUGAUCAUUCCGUUAAGCAUUAAAGACUUCGAGGAAAUAUUUAGAGGCGCGAGAGCGGCAAUUUGAAAUGAUGUAAAAUGUGUCAGUUAUUUAUUUAAAUUUAAGGCGCUUAAGUGUGACCACCUAUCGAAUGUUAAAAUAAUCGGUUUCUUUACUCAAAUUGAUAAGAUGUAAACAAUAGAUAUUUUAAAUCGAUCACGAUCUGGUCACUUUGCUUACUGCUCUCUUUAGACAUUGUUCUUUGCUUAGCGCUUUAGAUUAGCGGAAAGUUUGCUAACUGUAAGAAUGAGGAACUCCGGAAAAUUACAGGGCAAGACACUGUUCAUCACAGGCGCAUCUCGUGGCAUUGGCAAGGCAAUCGCUUUGAAAGCAGCGCGCGAUGGCGCAAAUAUAGUGAUAGCUGCUAAAACAGCUGAGCCACAUCCAAAAUUGCCUGGCACAAUUUAUACGGCAGCUGAGGAGAUCGAAAGGGCAGGUGGCAAAGCUUUGCCCUGCAUUGUGGACGUACGCGAUGAAAGGCAGGUGCAACAGGCGGUUGAAGCAGCUGUGGCAAAAUUCGGAGGCAUUGAUAUUGUUAUUAACAAUGCGAGUGCCAUAUCUCUUACGCCGACCCUGGAGACGGACAUGAAGCGCUAUGACCUGAUGCAGAAUAUAAAUACAAGGGGCACUUUCUUGGUUUCCAAAACCUGUUUGCCCUAUCUGCUGAAGAGCGAUAAUCCACACAUCUUGAACCUAUCUCCCCCUCUGAACAUGAAGCCGCACUGGUUCGCCAAUCACACAGCUUACACCAUAGCCAAAUACGGCAUGUCGAUGUGUGUCCUUGGCAUGGCCGAGGAGUUCCGUUCUCAAGGCGUGGCCGUCAAUGCCCUUUGGCCUCGGACCACAAUUCAUACGGCUGCAAUUGAAAUGCUGAGUGGUUCGGAGAGUGCGAAAUACGCACGGAAACCUGAAAUAAUGGCAGAUGCCGCUUAUGCCAUUAUUUGCAGAGAUGCCAGGGAAUACACUGGCAAUUUCUUCAUGGACGAUGAGGUUUUAUUGGAUGUGGGUGUUAGAGAUUUUAGCAAGUAUGCUUGCAGCCCAGAGAACAUGCACAACCUGCAAUUAGAUAUAUUUUUAGACGAUGAAGGUCCAUUUGCCAAGCUGUAAAUUUUAUAUUUUUGUUUUUACAAAAAAAAAAAAAAAAUUGUUAUCAAAUCAUUUGAAUUGCCGCGCAAUUAAGUGGCUCCGAUAGUUUUGCGUGUUUAUGAAUCGAUACUUGCUGUAUGGUGAUGAGCAAUUUGGUUCAUUUGAACUAUUGUAUGGUUAUUGGUUGCAUCAUUUGAAAAUACAUGUAAUGCAUAAUUAA